AUGUCCUGCGAUUUAAGUGACCCAGCAAUUGGGGAAGCAUACGAAGAGAUCGUCAACGGACAAGAAACUAAUUGGCUCAUCCUAGGAUAUCAUGAGUCCAGAGAUAAGAUUUCUCUCUACUCCAAAGGCACUGGCGGUCUUGAUGAACUUCGCGGUAAUCUUAAAGACGAGGUACUUUAUGGAUUCUUGAGAAUUGAAAAUAGAUAUGUUUUAUUUACUUAUGUGAGCGAAGCAGUCAGUGGUGUACGAAGAGCUCGUGCUUUAGUCCACGGCAGAGCUGUGGGUGCAUUAUUUAAGGCUCAUCAAGUCACAAUCAAUGCGUCUACCCCUACUGAUCUUACGGAAGCUAAUGUUCGCAAUCGCUUGAAGCUCGGGGAACCAUCUGAGAGAUCGAAUACUCCCCCGGGACCAAAACGAAACCAAAGUUUUAACAAUUCAUCACCUAAUUUGAGUCCAGUUCAAACUCCCGCUUCACCGAUGUCACCCCAAAAAAUCGAUGCGGACUACGAAGAUGCCGCCGCUAAGCAGGAAGCAGAAAGACGCGCUGCCGAAGAAGCAGAGAGGCAAGCCCGUGAGAAAGGAGAGCGUGAUCAAAGGAGAGUGGCUGAACAAGUUGCUAGAGAAGCUGCUCAAAGAAGAGCCCUUGAAGAGGCUGAAAAAAAGAGGCUUGAUGCCAUUGAACAAGAGAGAAAAGAAAAGGCUGCCGCAGAAGCAAAAGCUAAAGCCGAAAUUGAUCGUAAGGCUCGUGAAGCGGCUGAACGAAAACGUAACGAAGAACUUAGAACCAAAUUCGCAGAAUUGGAAAAGAGUGGAAAAGUCUUGUUAAGCGGAUUCAUUACAGUUCAAGGUGGUGGUGUAUACUUUUGGAAGCGUCGUUUCUUUGAACUUCGAGGAAAAACCCUAUACCUCUUCCGUGACGAAACUGAUAAGCUUCCAAUUUCUAAACUUGAGCUUGAUGGUCAAGUCACUGGUGUAACGGACGCCCAAUCAGAAGUGCUGAUACUUAAUUCAUUUAAAGUGGAUUUUCGAUCAACAGAGCCAUAUUAUUUCUUUUCAGAUGAUAAGAAGGACAAAGAAUCGAUUGUUGCAGCUAUAGGCAGAUAUGUCAAAUGA